AUGCUCCAGGAAAGAAUUCCAAAGGGCAAAACAGUUUUGGUCCCUAAGAAUUACCAAUACAUCCUGGCCUUGGCAUUUGCAGUACAGGAGAUAAAUCAAAACCCUCAGCUCUUACCAAAUGUCACAUUGGGCUUCCGUAUCUAUGACAGCUAUUUCAAUGCACAGAGGACCUAUUAUGCCACUAUACUACUUAUUUCCAAACCGGAGAGAUUUGUCCCCAACUACAUUUGUGACAUCCAGAAUAAUCUGAUAGCAGUUAUUGGGGGAUUAGAUUCUGAUAUCUCUCUUCAUGUGGCCACUGUCUUGGAUAUCUACAAAAUUCCACAGUUCUAUCAAGGCACCUUAGAUCAGUUUAUUCUUACGCAACCUAUCUGGGCAGAAGCUGGGUUGGGUGGCCUCUACUCUUCUCAAACUCCUUGCUCAAAAGGAUUAUCUAAAUGGUUUCCAUUUUUAUCUGUGGAAAAUAAACCAGAGGGGAAAGUGUGGAUAGCAACAGCCCAGGUGGAGAUUAAUUCAUUUGACUAUCAAAGGACUUGGGAUGCCAAAGUAUUCCAUGGUGCUGUCAUCUUCAGAUUUCAGUUCAAUUAUUUACCAGGAUUCCACCAGUUUGUUGACAGCAGAAGACCUUCAAACACAAUAGAAGAUGAUUUUAUAAAGACAUUCUGGGAAGCUGUAUUCAGCUGUGUAUUUCUAAAUACAGUUGUGAACAAAGUGGGUGGGAGUAUUUGCACAGGGGAAGAGAAUCUGGACAACCUUCCUCUCCCCCUUUUUGAAAUGAGUAUGACUGGCCACAGUUACAGCAUCUAUAAUGCAGUUCACGCAGUGGCCCAUGCUUUGCAAGCCAUGUCCUCAUCAACACUCAAACAAAGCACAGAAGGAAUCGGAAGAGGACUAAAGCUUCAGAAUGAACCAUUUUGGCAGCUCCAUCAUUUUCUGAGAAGUGUUUCAUUUAACAACAAUGCUGGGGACAAGGUUUCUUUUGACCAAAAUAGGAAAAUAAUUGCUGGAUUUGAUGUUAUAAACUUGAUCAUUUCCUCCAACCAAUCAUUUCAUAAAGUAAAAGUUGGGAGAAUUGAUCCCCAGGCUCCUCCAGGCCAAGCAUUCACCAUCAAUGAGAAUGCCAUUACCUGGCACAGCUGGUUUAACCAGGUACAACCUUUAUCUGUUUGCAGUGAGAGUUGCUGCCCUGGUUCUAGCAAAAAAGUGAAGGAGGGGGAGCCAUUUUGUUGCUAUGAAUGCAUCCCAUGUCCAGAAGGGAAGAUUUCAGAUCAGGAAGACAUGCACGACUGUUAUAGCUGCAUGGAAAAUGCCUAUCCAAACAAAAAGCAUAAUUUUUGCGUACCCAAAGCUCUAACAUUCUUAUCGUAUAAAGAACCUUUGGGCAUCAGCUUAACCUUCUUUGCCCUUUCCUCUUCUGUAAUCACAACUCUGGUGCUAGGGACAUUUAUGAAGCACCACAACACUCCCAUUGUCAAAGCCAACAACCGGAACCUCACCUACACUCUCCUUAUCUCCCUCUUCCUCUGCUUCUCUUGUGCAUUGCUAUUCAUUGGCCAGCCUCAGAAGGUGACAUGUCUCCUCCAACAAACUGCUUUCAGCAUCAUCUUCUCAGUGGCUGUUUCUUCUGUGUUGGCAAAGACCAUCAUGGUGUUUUUGGCUUUCAUGGCCACCAAACCAGGAAGCAGGAUGAGGAAGUGGGUUGGGAAAAGGCUGGCCAAGUCAAUUGUUCUUGCCUGUUCCCUCAUUCAAGUAGGUAUCUGCAUGGUUUGGUUGGCAAGCUCUCCCCCAUUCCCUGAUACUGACAUGUUCUCAGUGACUGAAGAAAUUAUAGUUGAAUGUAAUGAGGGAUCUGUGAAUAUGUUUUACUGUGUCCUGGGCUAUCUGGGUUUCCUGGCCUUCAGCAGUUUCACUGUGGCUUUCUUUGUCAGGAAGUUACCGGACAGUUUCAAUGAAGCUAAGUUUAUCACUUUCAGCAUGUUGGUCUUCUGCAGUGUAUGGUUAUCCUUUAUUCCAACCUAUCUGAGCGCAAAAGGAAAAUACCUAGUAGUUGUUGAGGUCUUUUCUAUUUUGGCCUCCAGCUUUGGGUUGCUAGGUUGCAUUUUUGCUCCCAAAUGUUACAUUAUAUUGUUGAGACCUGAGCUGAACACCCUGCAACAGUUACUGGGGGCACAAAGCCAAAACUUGUCAGGUAGUAUGUCCAUGACAGUGGAGUGGCUAUGA